AUGAGUACGAAUAGAAAACGGUUAAGUGGUGACCAAUACAAAAAAAUUGCCAAAUUAAAAAGUGAAAAAUUGCAUAAUGUUAAAACACACAAAUUGACUGAUUUUUUUAAAAAUCCAGUUUCUACUUCUGCUAGUUGUAGUAGUAAUAGUAACACUAACACUAUAGAUAUUCUGAAGAAAACAGAUGCUCAGGUUAGUGAAACAAAAAUUAGUUUAUCUGUUGAAGUGGACAAUAUUGAACCUGAAGGUAGUUGUGGGUCAAAUGAGUUAACUAAUAUGAUAGUAAAUGAAACCAUUUUCGAGACAGACCCAGUUAAAUGGGUUAUUAACGACGAAUUUCGUGACUAUGUUGCAAAAAAUGGUUUUAAUCAAAAUAUGACAAACGGUUUUAUUAACUCUAAACGUGUAUAUUGUGAUAAAACAAGAUAUUUGACCAACAUUAUGUUUAAUAGACGAUUGAUUAAUGGAGAAAUAAUUGUUCGUUCAUGGUUAGUUUAUUCUCCAAGUUUAGGAGUAGUUUUUUGUGGGCCUUGUCGUAUACUUCAAACAUCUUUAGAAACUCAACUUGUUACUGAAGGAUUUAAUGAUUGGAAAAAUGCUAUUAGCCGUUUCAGUUACCACGAAAAUAGUAAAGAGCACAGAGAUGCUAUUAUUAAUUUAAAACAUAGAGGGAAUGUCUCGGAGCGUAUUGAUUAUUCAUUAAUUAAACAAUUAGAUACAGAAAUCGAAUAUUGGAGAAAUGUGUUAAAGAGAGUAGUCGAAACUAUUAAAUCGUUAGCUUCUCGUGGACUCCCUUUUCGAGGACAUGAUUCGUGUUUUGGUUCUGUACACAAUGCCGAUCAUAUAGUUCGUUUUGGAAAUAAAGGUAGUGGCUCUACAUCGUAUUUAUCUCACGUGAUAUGUGAAGAUAUUGAUUCGACGCCAGAUAUUUCGCACGUCGACAAAUUGUCAUUUAUGGUGAGUUAUGUCCUCGAAACAGGUCUUCCUGUAGAACGAUUCUUAUGUUUUGUUUCAAAUCCAGGACAUAAAGCUUUAGAUUUGACUAAUGCCAUUACCAAUACUUUAAAAUCGCACGAUAUUGACAUUUCUGACUGUCGAGGGCAAAGCUACGAUAAUGCUAGUAAUAUGUCAGGUCAAUACAGUGGAGUUCAGGCACGAAUUAAAGAAAUUAAUCCACUUGUUUAUUAUGUACCAUGUAGCGCACACUCGUUAAAUUUGGUAGGCAUAUCUUCUGCUGAAAGUUGCUCACAAGCAUCAAUGUUUUUUGGAUUUAUACAACAAUUAUACAACUUUUUUUCCGCAUCAACGCAUAGAUGGUCAAUUUUGCAAUUAAAUAUGAAACAUAAUGCUAAUACAAUUAAGAGUUUAUCGAAUACUAGGUGGUCGGCUCGCGCAGACGCAUGUCGAGCAUUAUAUAAUUCGUGGGACGAAAUUAUUAAUGCAUUGGUCACUAUCAAGGAUGACAUUUUUGAAAAAUGUGCUACGCGAAGUGAAUCAAAUGGUCUUUAUAACCAAAUGCAAAAAUUAGAAACAUCAUUUAUGGUUAUUUUCUGGAAUUAUAUAUUAGAACGAUUUAAUGCAUCAAAUAAGCAACUACAAUGUGUUGAAAUUGGAAAUGAUAAAGUUUCUCAAAUUUAUACAUCACUUAUUAAUUUAGUACAAAAAACCCGAAAUCAUUUUAAUGAAUAUGAAACUAAAGCUAAAAAAAUAUCAAAGAUUACUGAGUACAAUGUUGAUAUAACUCGAAAAAAAAAAAAAAAUACACUUCGAUGA